AUGGGGAUAUUAACAACAGUAACGGCAGCCGUUAAGGCGGCUCUAACAAUAGGCGGUAUAAGCAAACUCACCUUCAUUCCUACGAUGUUGGCUGCCAUGGCAUAUUUUAACUAUGAUUUACUAGACCCCGAAAAUCGUCCGUUUAACCAAAAGUAUCUAAGAGAAGAAUAUGACUUUGUGAUAGUCGGAGGAGGCUCAGCUGGGUCCGUCUUAGCUAAUAGAUUAUCUGAAAUCGAAGGCUGGAAUGUUUUGCUCUUAGAAGCCGGUGGACAUGAAACAGAUAUAAGCGACGUUCCUUUGUUAUCUUUAUACCUGCAUAAGAGCAAACUAGAUUGGAAAUAUCGAACUGAACCCCAAGAUUCCGCUUGCCAAGCAAUGAUUGAUAAACGCUGCAGCUGGACUAAAGGUAAAGUUCUUGGGGGAUCCUCAGUAUUGAAUACAAUGCUUUACAUCAGAGGAAACAAACGUGAUUUCGAUCAUUGGGAGUCUUUAGGCAAUCCUGGAUGGAGUUAUAAAGACGUUCUUCCAUAUUUCAAGAAAUCUGAAGAUCAACGAAAUCCGUACUUGGCCAAAGAUAAAAAACAUCAUGCCGUAGGUGGCUAUUUAACAAUCCAAGACGCCCCUUACAACACACCAAUUGGUGCGGCUUUUCUUCAAGCUGGUGAAGAAAUGGGAUAUGAAAUCGUGGAUGUAAAUGGGCAGCAGCAAACAGGUUUCGCUUGGUAUCAGUUCACUAUGAGGAGGGGAACAAGAUGUUCUACAGCGAAAGCUUUUUUAAGACCUGUGAGACUCCGUCAAAACCUUCAUGUAUCUUUAUUUUCUCACGUUACUAAAGUCUUGAUUGAUAGAGAAAAUAAAAGAGCUUAUGGCGUAGAGUUUUUCAAAGACGGCACGAAACAAGUAGUCUAUGCCAAACGUGAAGUCAUACUAUCGGCUGGUGCGAUUGCAUCGCCCCAAUUACUUAUGCUUUCUGGAAUCGGACCAGCGCAACAUUUGCAAGAAGUUGGAAUCGAUGUUGUAUUUGAUUCUCCUGGAGUUGGGCGAAACUUGCAAGAUCAUAUAGCUGUUGGUGGUAUAGUUUUCGAAGUCGAUUAUCCAAUUAGUUUAGUAUUAAAUCGACUAGUAAAUAUCAACUCAGCAUUGCGUUACGCUGUCACGGAAGAUGGACCUUUGACUUCCAGCAUAGGUUUAGAAGUAGUAUCUUUCAUAAACACAAAAUACGCUAAUGCGUCAGAAGAUUGGCCAGAUAUUGAGUUUAUGAUGACUUCAGCAUCAAUUCCUUCAGACGGAGGUACUCAAGUAAAGAGAGCUCACAGUAUCCCAGACGAAUUUUAUGAAGAAGUAUUUGGUCAUCUCACAAAUAAAGAUGUUUACGGUAUAUUUCCUAUGAUGUUGCGACCAAAAAGUCGAGGAUUUAUCAAACUAAGAUCCAAAAAUCCUUUAGACUAUCCAAUUAUGAUUCAUAACUACUUAACACAUCCUGAUGAUGUUGGUGUUUUAAGAGAAGGUGUUAAGGCAGCGAUCGCUACAGCAGAGACUAAUGCCAUGAAACGUUUGGGAGCCAAAUUUAAUAGUAAGCCAGUUCCAAAUUGUAAGCAUUUACCGCUUUUUACAGACGAAUACUGGGAUUGUUUCAUAAGGCAGUAUACUAUGACAAUAUAUCAUCUUUCUUGUACUGCGAAAAUGGGACCAUCUAGUGAUCCAAUGGCAGUAGUAGACCCUCAGUUACGAGUGCAUGGAGUGGAGGGACUUCGUGUGAUAGACGCAAGUAUUAUGCCCACUGUUACUAAUGGAAACAUCAAUGCUCCAGUAAUUAUGAUAGCUGAGAAAGGCAGUGAUUUAAUAAAAGAUAUGUGGUUACCAAAACAACCAAGGAGACGCCGCAGAUCAUUAAAAUGCUCAACUUUAGAAAGACUAUUCGUUAAAAACCAAUUGAAACCUCUAUGUGGAAUAGAAAGA